AUGUCAGCCGGCGAAAUCGCUUCUCUACCCGCCGUCUUGGCCCAGUUGAACAGGAUCACGCAAAGCGUCAUCGCCACCCAGGCCCAGCAACAGGGAACGCCCUAUGCUGGCAAUGUUUGGGCCAACCAAUGGGCGAACAGCUACGGUAUGCCUGGUGGCUAUAUGGCACCUCGUCCUGAGCCUGUUGCGAUGCCGAUGCCUAGUUAUAACCCGUACGCCAGGACGAACAUGAACCUUGCCUUCAACUUGAACUACGACUCGGGGUGUGGGAAAGCCGGCCAGCGUUACCCUGUCGCUGGCUCAGGGUACGGAGUGCCACCCCGGAGCUGCCCAGAGCCCGAGCCUGAACCCAUCGCCGAGCCCCCCGGCAAUCCGCUCGUCUCCCCGAUGAACCCAAUGAUGUUCGCCGCCGACAAGAAGCUGGAGAAUGGAUUCGUCCCCCAUAUGGAGACGACCACCGAGGUCUCUACAACCACCUCAGAUGAUGGUCUUAUCACUCCGGGGACAUCUACCGCU